GCAACUUUGUCUGCUGUCUGCUGCAUAUAAGCAGACGCCAUCUCCAUGGCAACUCUUGCACUUGAGCCAUUCGGAAACAGAAGCAGAGCCCCACCGAUAUCUCCAAGGCUCUCCGUGGCUAGGGAAAAGAGCGAGAUAACUGGCCGCGAUCUGGGUGCUGCACCAGCUGCAGGAGCGAAGAUGAACAAGGGAAAGAUCGUCAAGAUAGCGGUGGCGUCCGUGCUGGCCAUGCUGCUUCUGGCGGCGGCGGCUGUCUCGUUGGCGUGCUACGACGGUGCCGAGCUCCGCGCCUUCUUCGGCAGCGACAACUUCCUGAUGAUCUGUGUGGGCACGCACCUCGCUUCCAUCUGCCUUCUGGCGAGGUGCGCUGCCACGGCGCCCACCCCUGCUGCCCGGCGCUACUAUGCAGAUUCCGCCGUCGCGUCCUCCGUGCACCUGGCGGCCAAUCUGUACUGUGUCCUGGUGGCGUGUCCCAAGAAGGUCCAUGAUUGUGCUUAGGCUCUUGUGGAUGUGCCUGCCGAAGGAUGGAAGAUGGCUAAUUUUGGAGUGUUUGGAGAUGCGCCAGCUGAGUUUGGAAGGGCCUGUCAUAUGGUGUUUUCUUUUAGUUUAAUCUGCCACUAUCGUUCUAGUAGUUGCAUUACUAUGGUAGAUGUCUAUCUUAGCAUGUUUGUUGUUCUUCCUCUGGGGUUUAUGAACUUGGAUCAUAUUUGGAGUCUGGAGACUGUUUGCAGCAGCAAUAGCUUUAAUUAGAUGCCCUCGAGUAUGGCCCUCCAAUCUACCUGCUUUAUGAACUUUGAGGUUUUUCUUACUUGAUCUAGUUACAUACUUACAUUAAUUGGCCAAGGAAUGUAUGUGACUGCUGAAUCUAUAAGACUGGUUCGGUACAAAUUUGCAAAUCA